AUGGCUCCUGGAAACUCCACCCCAGUGACUGAGUUCAUUCUCAUGGGGGUCUCAGAUCGGCCAGAGCUGCAGAUCCCCCUCUUCUUCGUGUUCCUCGUCAUCUAUGGGCUGACCGCACUGGGGAACCUGGGCAUCAUCACCCUCACCAGCGUGGACUCACGACUGCAAACCCCCAUGUAUUUUUUCCUGCGACAUUUGGCCAUCAUCAAUCUCGGCAACUCUACCGUCAUUGCUCCUAAAAUGCUGAUUAACUUUUUGGUAAAGAAGAAAACUACCUUGUAUUACGAAUGUGCCACCCAGCUGGGCGGGUUCUUGGUUUUCAUUGUCGCAGAGAUUUUCAUGUUGGCUGUGAUGGCCUAUGACCGCUACGUGGCCAUCUGUAACCCCCUGCUCUACACAGUGGUGGUCUCUCAGAGGGUCUGCCUGCUGCUGGUUUCCCUUACAUAUGCCUAUGGCUUUUUCACAGCUGUCAUGGUUUCAUCGUGCGUGUUCUCUGUGUCUUACUGCUCCUCCAAUGUCAUCAAUCACUUUUAUUGUGACAAUGUGCCUCUCUUAGCGUUAUCUUGUUCUGAUACUUACAUGCCAGAAACAGUAGUUUUUAUAUCUGCAGCCACAAAUUUGUUUUUUUCUAUGACUAUAGUUCUAGUAUCUUAUUCCAAUAUUGUCUUGUCCAUCCUAAGAAUACGCUCAGCCGCAGGGAGGAAAAAAGCCUUUUCUACCUGUGGCUCCCAUAUGAUGGCAGUCACGGUGUUCUAUGGGACUCUGCUGUUCAUGUAUUUGCAGCCUAGAACAAACCAUUCGCUAGACACUGAUAAGAUGGCCUCUGUGUUUUACACGCUGGUGAUCCCCAUGCUGAAUCCUAUGAUCUACAGCUUGAGGAAUAAGGACGUAAAGGAUGCCUUAAAGAGAUGUGUGGCAAAUCCAUGUUAA